CCAUCUCCACAAACCAAACAAUAUUCAAAGCAAAGUAGAAAAAAGCAGCAGCAAAAAGCCCCAUUACUGUCUCUCUCUCUCUCUCUCUCUCUCCGCCAUUCGACUUAGCAGUCAGCACAGCGGCAAAUCACUCUGAUGUAACACUCUCUCUCUCUCUCAGUCUCUGGUAUUGAAUGUAGUUUAGUAUCAACUCUUUUGAUAGUAUGGAUGGGAACAAGCGAAAUUUUUUCAAUAAACGCCCCAACAUCCAAUUUAAGAAGAAAGGAAAUAACAGGAAAGGUAAAUGGAAUAAUUCAAGCCGUGAACAGUCUUUAGGGAAUUCUGAGUCUGUUGACACCGUCUACCGUAUACUUUGCCCCUCUAAAAAAAUUGGUGGUGUUAUUGGGAAAGGUGGCAGCAUAGUUAGAGCCCUAAGAGAAGAGACACAGGCGAAGAUUACAGUUGCUGAUUCUGUUGCUGGAGCUGAUGAGAGAGUAAUUAUUAUCUAUAGUUCUCCUAACAAACUUUCAAGGAACCAAAAUGAUGAAGAAGAUUCAGCUGGGGAGAAUGAGUUGGAGCCCAUGGAGCCUCAUUGUGCAGCCCAGGAUGCUCUCUUAAAAGUUCAUGACAGGAUUAUUGAGGAAGAUCUCUUUGGUGGAAUGACAUUUGAAGAUGAUAAUGAGAACAAUGUUGUCACUACACGACUUCUAGUUCCAAAUUUCAUGGUAGGAUGUCUUCUUGGAAAACGUGGAGAUGUUAUUCAAAGAUUGCGAAGUGAGACAGGUGCAAAUAUUCGUGUUCUUUCUGCAGAUCAUCUUCCUACAUGUGCUAUGAGCACUGAUGAAUUGGUACAGAUAUCUGGAAAACGAGAUGUGGCAAAGAAGGCACUUUAUGAUGUAUCAACUCUGUUGCAUCAGAAUCCACGCAAGGAUAAACCUCCUCUGACUUUCCCUAUGCCUUUUGGAGGCCAAGGAUUUCAUCCCCCUGGAGCUCCCUUGCCUAAUAUGCUUCCACCUGGAAAUCCAAUGUGGUCCCAUUGGAACUCUGAUUCCCACGGUAUGCCACCAAUGCCAUGGAUGGGGGGAUAUGGAAACCGGCCUUCUGAGUUUGUACCAGGGGGUUUCAAUGGCGUUCCUCCUGGACCUGUUGCUGAAGCUUCAGCUGAGUUCUUUAUGAAAAUUCUUUGUUCAGCUGGGAAAAUUGGUGGGGUGAUUGGCAAGGGAGGUUUUAAUGUAAGACAGUUACAGCAGGAAACAGGAGCCGGUAUAUAUGUUCAAGAGGCAUCAACCGAUUCAGAUGAACGUGUGAUUCGGGUCUCUGCUUUCGAGGCUAUCUGGAACCAGAGAUCACAAACCAUUGAAGCAAUUCUUCAGCUUCAGAAUAAAGUUAGUGAAUACUCUGAAAAAGGUAAUAUCAUUACUAGGCUUCUUGUCCCGUCAAGUAAGGUUGGUUGCAUUCUUGGACAAGGAGGUCAUGUUAUCAAUGAGAUGCGAAAGAGAACCCAGGCAGACAUUCGUGUUUUCUCUAAAGAUGACAAGCCUAAGUGUGCAGCUGAAGAUGAAGAGCUUGUGCAGGUAUCUGGAAAUUUUGGUGUUGCUAAAGAUGCAUUGGCAGAGAUUGCAUCAAGACUCAGAGUGAGAACUCUGCGAGAUGCAAAUGCUGCUGCAGAAAGUGCUCCUGUUGGUCCUUCCCAGGGACUUCGUCCUGCAGGAAGCAUACCUGGUGGAGGGCUCCCACAAUCUGGCACAAUGGGAGCCGGUAGCUCUGGUAGAUAUGAUCCUCUAAAGGUUGAGGGAUAUGAAUAUGAACCACAGAGCUAUCCAGUUCCAAGAGCUGCUACUGGAUACCCAAAUGUCAAUAGUGCUUCAGAUGUCAAGAUUCCAAGUAGUGCAGUUAGUUCGGUUAUUGGAUCAGGAGGGAGCAACAUUUCCAAUGUUGGUGAGGUUGUUGGGGCAAGAGUGAAGCUUCAAAACUCUCAUGCUGGUGGCUCCGGAUGUGCUGUUGACAUCCGGGGUUCUUCUGAGCACUUGAAUGCAGCACAGAGUAUCCUUCAGGCCUUCAUGGCUUCUGGUGGACAAAAUGUGAAUUCUCAGAACUACCAGAAUAUGAAUGCUCAACAAGGCUCCUACCAGAACAUGAACGCUCAGCAAAGCUACCAAGGCUCCUAUCAAAACAUGAAUGCUCAGCAAAGCCCCUAUCAAUCAAGUGGCCAGCAAGGAUCGUACCCCAACAUCAAUGUACCGCAGGGUGCUUACCACAACAUCAGUGCCCAGCAAAGCUACCAGUACUAACUCUGAUUUUGCCGAUUUUGUACCAUAAUUAAUUCUUGUGUUUAAAUUUCUUUAUUUAAUUGCUCAAAUUAGCAUACUGACGGGGAUUAGAGGUCUAGUUAUCUCAUGACUUACGAGGGUUAUUUAGGCGUGAACUAGAAAAAACAUUCUGCUCUAGAGUGCUGAAGGGAGUUGUAAGCAUCCUCACAAAAUACAAGAAAAUUUACAAAUUGUUAUUUAUGAGGAUUGCUGUAUAGACAGUUCAAAUGUUGGAGUUCAAAUCUUAAAAAUUUGCUCAAAAUGUGUUGUAAGGUUGUAACAUCAUGUGGAUACCCCCAGUUGAAUCGAAAGUAAUUUCCAGGAAUCA